CAUUUUUUAGCUGCAAUGCUUUCAAAAGAGAGCAGGCAAAAAGUGUUGGAGAAAUGUAUGGAAAUAGAUAAGAUCAUCAAAAGCAAUAUCGAUUUGAUACCUAUUGGAAAUUGGCAAUUCGAUGAUGAGACGAUAGAGGAGCUUCGCGAACAGAAGCAUAGGAUUGUUGAUGAACAUUUAACAGGAGAACAAAAACAGAAGCUCAGUAAAGCUUCGAAACAACGACUGGCUCGUGAAAUAGGUGUGAAUUGUCGAACAAUCACUGAUGUUCUGGACUGGAUGGCGAAAAAUCGUGGUAAUACAAAACCUAAUAAGCCUGUAACAAUUUCAAAAGCGAUGAGGAAACAGAACAAGAUCAAAAACAUGAAUCCACAAACAAGUAAAUCUGUCGAUCCUGAAGCUUCGGACGCUGACAUUCCGACUACAGCUGCAGUACUAAGUGGGAGUUCUCUAAAUGGAAUGGCAUAUGACAACGAUAACCGAAAAAGGGUGCGUGAUAACAUUACGGGUGAUAUAGAAAGUAACUCAUCUUUUUCGGCCACUUCGAUAGUAGCACCAGUUGAUGCUUUGGAGGGCCGUAAAUUAGCCCUAAAGAAACUACAGGAAAAACUGGAGCAAUUCAGAGCAAAAAGGCGUGGUAAGAUGACAGCAUAUCAAUAUGAAGAAAAACGGAAAUUGAAACGACGCAUGAGUAAACUGAAAAUGAAGGAAAGAAGGACAGUUGCUAAACAGCAGAUUAAAAAUUCCAAACUGCCAUCAGAUGAGGCAGUACCGAACAAACGCCAGAAACUGGAAAGAGAAUCGAAACCAUGCGGAAUGGAAAAAAAAGAUGACAAAUUGAUUUUCUCAAAAUUCGAUUUUAUUGUAAGGGAUGGAAAGCAGAAAGAAACAAAAAAGGAGAAGCGAGAUAAGUUUACUGGUAAAGACUACAAACGACUGCUUGAAAAAGCUGAGAAAAGAGAAGAAAGGUUGGAACAAAUACGAUCGAGGAAUCCUGAAAAGGCUUUGAGAAUUGAAAAAAAUAUCCAGUGGAAGAAAGCAUUAAGUCGUGUUGAAGGGCAGAAAGUUAAGGAUGAUCCAGAGCUUUUAAAAAAAAGUUUAAAAAAGAAAGAAAAGAUGAAAGAAUGGCGAAAAAAGAAAUGGGCGAAUCGUGUUGAGCAUACACUGCAAAUGCAAACUCGAAGACAAGAAAAACGGUCAGCAAAUAUCCAAGCUCGUAAAGAUAUUGUCAAAAAAAAGAAGAUACAAAAAGCUCGAAAGAGGGGAAGAAUAUUGUGA